GUGUGAGCGGUGCAAGCGCCGGGCUUUCCCCGUCCUCCCCACAGCGCCAGGGAACAAGCGCAGGAUUAUCCCCUCACCUUAAAACGCCCCAAUGCAUGGGCAGUGUGGGAAUGAGCGCCGACCAGCUACUGAACGCAGAAAGAUACCAAUUCAUCACCGUUCUUGGAGGAGGCUCCGUGGAAAACUUUGAGACAAUCCUCGAUCACCUGCUAGCCUGGGACCUUCUGAACUGGGAGGAAUAUGAAACGGUCAGGUCGCCGGGGCAGCUAUAUAGUUCCAGCCGCGCCCUGCUGGACAUGGUGAUGUGCAAAGGGGCGAGAGCAUGCGAGCUCUUCAUCCUCGUGUGGAGACAAGUCUUUCCCAGAUCCCAGUUCCUGGGUAUCGAACUGAAGGACUAUGAACCGCCGGACGAGACGGACAGAAGCGCGGCAGCAACGCAGUCGGCCCGGACCCUGCAGCGAUGCAGACCCUCCGUGGUGCGGAGGCUGCAUGGGCGCACCGCUGCUGCAUUGCUGCUACUGCAUGGCUGCGGCCACUUUACACAAUACGAGUGCGAUGAGAUUCAACUGCCGAUAUAUACUCCGUCCCAACAGGCACGGAAGCUUCUAGAUCUCACUAAAGGAAAGGGGGACGAUGCAGCUCGGGUCCUCCUAGAAUAUAUUGAAUCCGAACCCUCGCCCAUCAAGUCUGUGCUCGAUAACGCACGGUUAAAGUAUCAGGAGAAGUUGAGCUCCACGCUCGCCGCCCAGUCGCGGUUUCUGACUAACUACGCGGGGACUGAAAACAUGUGCCUGGAGGAUGUUUACGUCAACUGUACCUUGGAAACGACUGACACGACCUCCGGGGGGGGCCGCCUGCUGUCUUCAGUCGGGCUGCACGACAUCUUUGGAUCGGAGGGAGUGUUCAAUAGAGACGCAGAUGUGGUGUUAAUCGUGGGGGAUGCCGGAAGUGGGAAAAGCACCUUGCUGCAGCGACUGCAACAGCUGUGGGCCAUGAGGCAGCACUUCCAGGAGUUCACAUUUGUGUUUGCGUUCAGCUGCCGAAGGUUAAACUUCAUUGACGGGCAAGUCUCGCUCAAGAUGUUACUGUUUGAAUACUGUUGUUGGCCAGACCAUCAUCAGGACGAGGUGUUCCAAUAUAUCCUGGAUCACCCCGAGGAGGUUCUGUUCACCCUGGAUGGGUUUGACGAGCUGAAGUUGCAGUUCACGGAGCAGGUGAAGCACUGUUCUCCCACCAAGCCCGCCCCUGCCCUCAACCUCAUCUCCAACCUCCUUCAGGGGAACCUGCUGAAGAACACGAGGAAGGUGGUGAGCAGCCGGCCCAACGCGGUCAACGCUGCGCUGAGGAAGUACCUGCGCAAGGAGUUCGCCCUGAAGGGGUUCUCGCGCGAGGGGAUCCAGGCGUUCAUCAGGAGGCGCCACGGCGGCGGCAGCGGCUCGGACGCGGAGCACAUCCUGCAUUUCGUGGAGGCCAACCCCGCCGUCCACGGCCUCUGCCACGUCCCCUUCUUCUGUUGGAUCGUGUCAAAGUGCCAUGAGCAGCUGAUGCAGGGCGGCGAGGCUCCAGCUCAGACCAUGACCGACAUCUACCUGCUCGUCCUGGAUCACGCCCUCUUGCAUUGUACGCAUCACGCACAAGUAGGAGACGAUAUCCUCCCCGCUCACAUCAGCACCAUCUUCCAUCUCGGCAAGUUGGCCAUGGACGGCCUGCUCUCCUGCAACUAUGUCUUUUCAGCUUCGCAACUGCAGGAGGCUCAGAUAUCGGAAGAAGACAUCUCCAUGGGGUUUCUCGUCCAGAGCCGCAGUUUCUCCCGUGUCCGGGCCGCCACCAGAAAUAGGAACUAUGAGUUUCUUCACAUCACCAUCCAGUGUUUCUUCGCUGCUCUUCACAUCGCAUCCAGCGAGGAUGUCGGGGAGUCGGCCCUCUCCUCUUUGUUCAGAGCCAGGGAGAAGGAAACGUCGACUUGUCUGAAGUCCGCAGCUCGCAUCGAGAGGUUCUCACUCAGUUGCCUCCGGUGCGGCCUGCAAACGGACAGAAGGUGCAAAGCGAUGUUCAGGGACGCAGAGAAGUCUAAUCUCCACAUCACAGCGAGCUUUGUCUCCGGGCUCCUGUCCGGCCGACACAAACACCUGAUGCACAAAUUCUCAGGCAGCCCGAGGCAGUCGAAGAAGUCCAAACUGGUAAAGGGCUACAUGGCAAAGGGCAUCGAGAAGCACUUCCUGUCCAUACCGCCAGCCGUCAGGGAUGAGAAAAAGAGCAUGCAUGCCUUGCCUGAGUUUGUGUGGUGGAUCAAAUGCAUUUAUGAAAUGCAGGAUGAUGAUUUGGCCAAGCAGGCCGUGAGCAACCUGGAGGUGGAUCACCUGAAGCUGACCUAUUGUGGGAUAGGACCAUUGGAGUGCACUGCCCUGGCCUACGUUCUGAGACACUUGAAAAAUCCCGUCGGAUUACAAUUGGAUUACAACUCAGUCGGCGAUAUCGGCAUUGAACAGCUCCUGCCUUGCCUGGGAAACUGCCAGUCCAUCUACCUCCGGGCAAAUAACAUUUGUGAUCGGGGAGCUGCCACACUGGUCGAACAAGCUCUCGGGUGCAGCAACUUACAAAAGAUGGCGUUGUUUCAUAACAAUUUAACCGAUGACUGCGCUGAGAAUUUUGCGAGGCUUCUGAAACACAAGGAUAACUUUCUAGCACUAAGGCUGGGUAACAACCACCUAACAGCCACUGGAGCAGUGGCACUGGCAGAAGGUUUGAAACAAAACAACUCCAUCCAGUUCUUGGGGCUUUGGGGAAACAAGGUCGGAGAUGCAGGAGCCUCGGCCUUAGCUAAAGCCCUUGAAGAUAACACUAGUCUGAUAUGGCUGAGCCUCGUCGAUAAUAACAUCGGUGGUCGAGGUGCCAGAGGUUUGGCUUCCAUGUUGAAAAGGAACACUGCCCUGCAGGAACUGUGCCUUGAGGAGAACAGUUUAAUUGAUGAGGAUGUGCAGCAUUUUGCAGAAGGACUGCAGAACAACACCAGCUUGAGGGUUCUCAAGUUGUCUAAUAAUAAGAUAACCAAAAAAGGAAUGGAAUUCAUUGUUUCUGCGCUAAAGCACAAUGUUACCGUUGCGUCUAUUUGGUUAGGUGGAAAUCAGGCGACUGCUGAGGAGAUUGAAGAGGUGACCAAAGCAGAAGCAAGACUGACGUUUUGAUGACAAGCCAGAUACUUCAAAAGUUAACGUUGAACUUUUGUUGCUGGACUCUGCCACAGAAGGCAGUGGAGGCCAAUUCACUGGAUGAAAAGAGAGUUAGAUAGGGCUCUAGGGGCUAGCGGAGUCAGGGGAUAUGGGGAGAAGGCAGGCACGGGUUACUGAUUGUGGAUGAUCAGCCAUGAUCACAAUGAAUGGCGGUGCUGGCUCGAAGGGCCAAAUGGCCUACUCCUGCACCUAUUUUCUAUGUUUCUGUGUUUCUAUGACUUAAUGAACUGGGCUGAUUAUUUAUUUACAAUUUUAUAAUGGUUCUGGUCAUAUUUACGAAUGUUGGCACUUUAAUAAACUAUUUUU